CACUGCCACCGCCACUCCGCGGCCACCGCCUCCGCCUCUUGCCUCCGCCCAGUUCCCUCCUCCUCCACCCGCGAACUUAGUCAGCGGUUCGCGCCGCGGCGCCGGGAUUGGCCAGCGCCGGGCGCCGCGUCACAAUGGAGCCGGUCGGAGGCGGCGAGCCUGCUAGCGCUGGGGCUUCCCGCUGAGCCCGCAGCCUCCGGCAGCCGACAAAGUGCGGGCGCCCGGCCGCCGCCUGCGCGCCCGGAGCGGCGCAGGGUGGACGCCGCCGGGAGCGCGGGCGCCCGGGGCUGGUUUCGCGCAGGGCUCCAGUCUGUAUUUCCAGCUGCCUGCUAGACCUCGCCACUGAAAUGGCUGAAAGGAAUAUUUCAAAAAGAAACUAAUUGCAGAGGUUUCGGUUGACCAGCAUUCAUAGGAAUGAAGACAAACACAGAAAUGGUGUGUCUAAGAAAUUUUAAAAGGUGUAGGCCUCCUGAUUGAAGCGUUGUUGAAAUAUUGGAAUCAUUUUUUUUAUUGACUUUCUGCACUCCUACAAGGGAAAGUCAUGAUUACACUAACAGAGCUAAAAUGUUUAGCAGAUGCCCAAUCAUCUUAUCACAUCCUAAAACCCUGGUGGGACGUCUUCUGGUAUUACAUCACCCUGGUCAUGCUGCUGGUGGCCGUGCUGGCCGGAGCGCUGCAGCUUACGCAGAGCAGGGUCCUGUGCUGUCUUCCGUGUAAGGUGGAAUUCGACAAUCACUGCACCGUGCCUUGGCACAUCCUGAAAGCCAGCGUGAACAUGUCCUCCGAUCCUGAGACACCGCUUCCGCUCCCCCUCAGAAUCCAGAAUGACCUCCACCGACAGCAGUACUCCUACAUCGACGCCGUCUGUUACGAGAAGCAGCUCCACUGGUUCGCAAAGUUUUUUCCCUACCUGGUGCUCUUGCACACGCUAAUCUUUGCAGCCUGCAGCAACUUCUGGCUUCAUUACCCUAGCACUAGUUCCAGGCUCGAGCAUUUUGUGGCCAUCCUUCACAAGUGCUUCGAUUCUCCAUGGACCACCCGCGCCCUGUCAGAAACAGUGGCCGAGCAGUCAGUGAGGCCCCUGACGCUCUCCAAGUCCAAGGUUUUGCUUUCAUCUUCAGGGUGUUCAGCUGAUGCUGAUGCCAAUAAACAGUCAUUGCCCUACCCGCAGCCUGGCCUGGAGUCAGCUGGCAUAGAAAGCCCAACUUCCAGUGUCCUGGACAAGAAAGAGGGCGAACAGGCCAAAGCCAUCUUUGAAAAAGUGAAAAGGUUCCGAAUGCACGUGGAGCAGAAAGAUAUCAUUUACAGAAUUUAUCUGAAGCAGAUAAUAGUCAAAGUCAUUUUGUUUGUCCUCAUCAUAACGUACGUUCCAUAUUUUUUAACCUAUAUCACCCUUGAAAUCGACUGUUCAAUUGAUGUGCGGGCUUUCACAGGAUAUAAGCGUUACCAGUGUGUCUACUCCUUGGCAGAAAUAUUUAAGGUCCUGGCUUCGUUUUAUGUCAUUUUGGUUAUACUUUAUGGUCUCACCUCCUCCUAUAGCUUGUGGUGGAUGCUAAGAAGCUCCCUGAAGCAAUAUUCCUUUGAGGCACUGAGAGAAAAAAGCAAAUACAGUGACAUACCUGACGUCAAGAAUGACUUCGCCUUCAUCCUCCAUCUGGCUGAUCAGUACGACCCUCUUUAUUCCAAACGCUUCUCCAUAUUCCUGUCAGAGGUCAGUGAGAACAAACUGAAACAGAUCAACCUCAAUAACGAAUGGACAGUUGAGAAACUGAAAAGCAAGCUAGUGAAAAAUUCCCAGGACAAGAUAGAACUGCAUCUCUUUAUGCUAAACGGUCUUCCAGACAAUGUUUUUGAGCUAACUGAAAUUGAAGUGCUCAGCCUGGAGCUGAUUCCUGAGGUCAAGCUGCCCUCCACAGUCUCACAGCUGGUCAACCUCAGGGAGCUUCAUGUGUACCAUUCAUCUCUGGUGGUAGACCAUCCUGCCCUGGCCUUUCUAGAGGAGAACUUAAAAAUUCUCCGCCUGAAAUUUACUGAAAUGGGGAAAAUUCCACGCUGGGUAUUUCACCUGAAGAAUCUCAAGGAACUUUAUCUGUCGGGUUGUGUUCUACCUGAGCAGCUGAGUACCAUGCAGUUGGAGGGCUUUCAGGACUUAAAAAACCUCAGGACUCUCUACUUGAAGAGCAGCCUGUCCAGGAUCCCACAAGUCAUUACCGACCUCCUGCCUUCCCUGCAGAGGUUGUCCCUCAAUAAUGAGGGAAGCAAACUGGUUGUGUUGAACAACCUGAAAAAGAUGGUCAAUCUGAAAAGUUUAGAGCUGAUCAGCUGUGACCUUGAACGCAUUCCACACUCCAUUUUCAGUCUGAACAAUUUGCAUGAGUUAGACCUAAAAGAAAAUAACCUUAAAACUGUGGAAGAGGUCAUUAGCUUUCAGCAUCUCCAAAAUCUUUCCUGCUUAAAAUUGUGGCACAAUAACAUUGCUUAUAUUCCCGCUCAAAUUGGGGCAUUAUCUAAUCUGGAGCAGCUGUUUUUGGACCAUAAUAAUAUUGAGAAUCUGCCCCUGCAGCUUUUUCUAUGCACCAAACUACAUUAUUUGGAUCUAAGCUAUAACCACCUGACCUUCAUUCCAGAAGAAAUCCAAUAUUUGAGUAAUUUGCAGUACUUUGCUGUGACCAACAACAAUAUUGAAAUGCUACCAGAUGGGCUGUUUCAGUGCAAAAAGCUGCAGUGCUUGCUUCUGGGGAAAAAUAGCCUGAUGAGUUUGUCCCCUCACGUGGGUGAGCUGUCGAACCUCACUCAUCUGGAGCUCAUCGGUAAUUACCUGGAAACACUUCCUCCUGAACUGGAAGCAUGCCAGUCCCUAAAACGGAGCUGUCUGAUUGUCGAGGAGAAUUUGCUCAAUACUCUUCCGGCCCCUGUAACUGAACGCUUGCAGUCAUGCUUAGAUAAAUGUUGACCUAUAGAGAAAAUAAUUUUUAAAAGUGUGCCCCAGGCUUUAAAUGAGAACUAAAAUUUCCUAACUUACAAAGAUAAAGAAAUGGGUAAUCAUUAUGACUAACUAUAACCAAAUGUCUUAUUAAAGCAACUCAUUGUCCGGCCCUAAGCUAAGCAGGUAAAAAAUGUUAACACAGCACUGGGUUUUGUGAAUAAUUGAUCUUUUCACUUAGUGACUUGUAAGAAGUACACUUUGAGGGUGGAAUGGGGGACACAGAAUUAUUGAAUCUCUACUUUGCAAUUAUUACCUUGAAGACUAGGUAUUCUUUCUUCUCCCUCCCCAGUCUCCAUUACUUAUUCGCACACUUGGUGUUACUGACCUCAUUUGGAUAUUUAUCACCUAGACCAUAAAUUCAUCAAUGUAAAUUUCCUUGAUGUACACUCAGCACUGCAUUUGAUUUCUGUUCUUAGUUAUUUUUAGGCUGGGUGCUUUGUGCUUGGCCAAAUUCCAUCUUGGCUUUGUACUUCCGGUCCCAGCUUUCUCAAGUCUCCCUUCAUCUCGUUUUCUCUAAACCUUGAUGAGCCCUGAGAAAGUGCCCACGUUUGGCUUUUGCACAGGACAAGAGCAGGGUACUUAGGACAUGUCACCCUUGGGACAUCCUGAAGAGUAAUGUAUUCUCUAAAAUUUCUUCUCGCGGAGCAUCAAAGCCUUUUUUAUUUGCUCUUAAGUUUUUAUAUUAAAUGUAAAACAAAUAUUUUUAUUGCGUACUCAUGGAUCCCAAGUCUUUGGGAAUAAUUUCUGUAAGGUACAGAGAACACAUGCAUUUCUCUAAGUAUUCACUAUUAAUAUGCUUGGUUUUGGCUGCUUAUGAUUCUCAUAUUUGUGUGCACUCUCCAUAAUGUUUUUUGCGCUCUGCAUCUAAUUACUUUUGGAUCACAAAAGCCUGUAUUUCAGGCUCUAAAAUAUUUAGGGAUUUCCUUACAAGAGAAUGGCCACAUCAUCUACCUCUCUCUUCCCUGUUGCUGUGCUAAUGUACGGGUACAAUUCUUAAUUACUUCCAAAACUGUGAUGGAGGGGAGAGGUAGAGAUUUCGAUCUUUAAAACUGACUUCAAAAUACCUUGCAGAAAUUAAGUAAGAGUUAAAGCAAAAUACUUUACUUUCUUCUCCAUCUGUAUGAUCUAUAGAUACAAUUAUUAUGAAAAACACUCAGCUUCUAUUCAGAGUUUAAGAUGAGUUCUCAACGCUCACAAAGAAAUAGAUCCAUUUAACUGGAAUUCAUCUCAUGCCUUUGUUUAACUUUUCUGGAAUACAUUUUCCUCCUUUUUAUAAAAGAGCUUUUGUGUUUGCCUUUUAUCAUGCAUAUUGUAAAAUGAAAAUGAACUGACUUAUUUGGGGGAAAUGUACACUUUUAAUGUGUUUUUCUCUAAUGGGUCUAGGCACUAUGAUGCCAUCUGAUUUUGGAUGAAACUAUGAAGUAAUCUAUUAAGCGCACUGAGACAAAACUGGAAAACACUGUGGGUAAAGAGUAUCGUAAACAUGGAGUUGUGACGUGUGCUGUUUUUCUUGCUUUGCCCGUUCCAAAAAGAUGAAAGUGAGUCUUUAUAACAAAAUGUAGCUUUACUCGCCUACCACACACCCCUGGACUGAAUCUCAGAGAAAAGAAUUGUUUGCGUCACAUGAAAUUUGAAUAAUAUUAGCUAUAAAAAAUAUAAAACACCAAAGGCUGCCUAAACCUUACUGUUUAUUCUAAAUGAGAAGAAAUGGAGUAAAAAUUUAAUUCUUACCAAAACUUGCCUUUAGUCAAAACAUUCAAGUUCUCAGGGACCCAAGCAUAACUGAUGAAACUUUCUACUAGGACUUCAGAAAACUGUAUCUAGGGUUUGUUGGGGGGGUUUUUUUUGUGAUUUUUAUUUUUUUAAUGUGAAUUGAUGGUCAUGUUAAUGCUUCACAGUAAAAUUGUCAUGUGUAUUGAUUCCAUUGUUAGACAGGAUCAUCUUAAGUCUCAGAUGUGAACGUGAUACAUGGAGAGGUGUUAAAUGUUCUUGGAACUUAAAUGUUUGUGCACAAAUAAUUAGUCAUAAUUUGUAUGAAAAAAUUCACCCACUUUUCUAAAGGGGAGUUUUCAAAACAAAUUUUAGAUUGGUACCAUUUUCCUGACAAACUACAACUUCUCCAUGGCUAGUCACUUGUUUUAGUUCACAUGCAGAAGUCAUCGGCUAAAUCUUCCUUAUCACCUCUCUGAAUUUCUGGAAACAGGUUACCGUCAGGAUCAACACUGAGCAUUGUAGGCGUCUCUCCAAACACAAGGAUAUAGUAACUGGUGUAAAUUCUAUUCCUGAUGCCAUAGGUUUUAGAUUUCUUUUUUAUGUCAAUCUGACACACCAGACUUUAGGUAGCUUUUGAAAUGACAAGCACUGAUGUAUGAACUCUGAGACCACCACUUGACAUUCAAAAUGAGUCUGAUGCCACCUUUACCGCAUUGUUGGAGCAGAUCAUUUCAUAAGUGUUCAUAUUCAUUUAAGAGGAUUGUAAAUGAAGAAAAACAGGUUUGUUCACUUAUACUUGUAAGACUUCAGUUGGCAUUUGAUUUCUAACAAUGUGCAGUGCAUUUUCCAAAAAAAAAAAAAGAAGCAAAUGUGGAUGUUACUCAGAACAAAGUUGAUGGCUUAUGCUAGCUAGCAGUGACAUUGGUUCCUUUUAUUUACAUGCACACACAUAGAGAGAUGCACACACAGAUGGCUUUGAACAUACAGAGACACACAUACACACCCCUAUGCAUGCAAAAUUAAGCUUAUCAGUUUUAAAUAUGCUUAGUGUUUUUCGCAAAGUUGCAAGAGGUUAAUGCUAAGAUAUUCUUUAUUCAUUACUUGUAAUGAUGGAGUAUUCUGUUCUCUUAGUUACAUUUAAAAGGAAACUGAACACCCAAUCUUACUCUGAGAACCUAAGCAGUUUUGAGCAUUUCUGGUAAGGUAGUUUUCUUUCCCUAACCUACAUCAGGGUACAUCUCUGUGGAACAUAGAUACUGUGUUUUCAUUCUUCAUUCUCAAUCUUAAUUUUUUUCCUUCCGGAUGUCAACAUAUUUCACCAUCACUUAACAAAUGUUUAUGUGAAACAGGGUAAAUAGAGAUCCUCAGAAUCUCAGCACUGUGGCAUACAUAGUUCAGUUGUGUGCUGUGGUGAGCUGCAGUGAGUUAAUUGCUUAACAUUGUUUGAUAGUGAAAAUACUUGUUUUUGUUCUUCAAGUGUUUCAUGAUACAAAUUUUGUAUGUUUGUUUAAAACACUGCAUAAUAUCCACAGGUUCAGAAACUAUUAAAAUAAACAAUUAUUCUAUGGAUUCAUAGCUUUAUUUCCUCGUAUUUUUAAUAAAAUACCGUUUCCAUCUUUGUUCUUUUAGCAUGUCCCAUCCACAUAAGGUAUUUUGUUAUCUCCCUCCACUCACCCACCUCCUUAAAUUUGAUCAGCACUUGUACAGUAACAGAAUGUAUUUGUGCUAGAGAACUUGCAGUGAUACUUGAGCAUGUGUUUAUUUGGGAGAAGCCAGAGCCUAAAAUUAUGCCUAAUUGAGUAGUUCUACUUUACCCAUCCCUGAGUAUUUAGAGCUGAUCCAACAUCCCUCAUCCUUCCCCAAAGCAUGAGAAUAUAACUGUUAAGUCCAUUUUCAGGAACUGUACAUUGCAUAAGAAUCUGUGUGUGUUUGUUUGUUUGUUUGUUUCGGGAAACAAGAGGAAGUCCAGUGGGACAGGGGAGGAGUUAUUUUGUAUCCUGGUUUGAACUGUGAAAACAUUGUAUACAUGAAACUGUUGCAAAAUGCCCUGAAUAUAAUUAUUUCCCAUCUUUAGCCGGAUGCGAAAGCUGAAGCAGUGAAAAAACCGCAGUCCUAUUUAACUGCUUUCUUCUGCUUCUGGUCCAUCAUUUCUGUAUCCUCUGGGAACUACCUACUGAGUACCUUUGGUAAUGGACUCCAUUCUCUUAGAUACUGUUUUACAUGAACAAUUUCAUCCAACACAAAAGCAUUAACAUAGAAAAUAUAAGCCGAAGUACUGAGUUGAGAUGGCUUCCAGUUGAAUUUAAUUCAUAUUUAAGUUUUGCAUUUGACUUGUAGAAUAAUGCAGUUCUGCUGAGAAAAACAAUUAUGAAUGCCUCCUGCAUGUUAUAUAUUAUCUCUAACAGAGAUGGUGCAAUUUAAAAAAUACAAAGGGGCAUAGAAUUAGAAUGGAAGUGUCUGUGCAUAUAUGUGUUGUGUAUAAUACUAAAUAUUUAAUAUGUUUAAAUAUUUUUAAAACUCUUCAAAUGUUUCACUCUUAGUGAAAUAAUGGGCCAAUCUUAAGUAGAAACAUUUUCUUGUUAGCUUAUUUUAUGUCACGUACUUUGAAACCUACAUAAAAGUUUUUGCCUCUGGUAAUAAAUUAUUAGAAAAUAAUAUUUUGUGAUGAGUUGAAUGUUUUUGGCCCUCAGGUUUACCAUGUAAAUCUGCAUUUUAGUGGUAAAUCCCUUUGCCUGAGAUUCAUUAGUUUUGGUAAACUUUACUGUUUUUAAAGUAUGUUUUGUGUAAAAUAAAGAUUCAAUUUUUAUAAUAAAUGGCAAAUAAAAAUAGA